AACUCUUAAUAACACUAACAUCACACUAACCUUUUCUACCAGAUUUAUUUAUCACGGUUACCACACUUCUUUAGAAUCUUCAUCCUUAAUGACAUUUACCCAUGUUCUUCCCCAAUGUUGGUGCUCAGCAAUCAUCCCCAAUUUUCUUACAAACCCAGAUCUAGGGUUCUUGUUCUUCAACGAAAUUAUCAGAAAAAUCCUCUAUUUUUCUAUCUCUCUUUUUUUUUCUUUUUUUUUUUCUUUUUUUUUUUUUUUUUGUUGCAUGUAUCGGUAUGGAAAGCAAUCUCGUAGUUAAGCUCAGCAACACUUAUAGGGAAAACCAGAUCUAGAGUUCUUCAACAAAAAUUCAAUCAAGGCUUCAAAUCAAGGAUGAGGUGGAACGAUGGAUUAUCAGAUGAGACCGAUUCGGGGUAUGUUAGAAGAAUGCGGAAGGGAAAACGUCCAAGGUAUCAUACUGAUACUGAUUCAUCAGACAAAGAUGAUGAUUGUGUGGUAAGUAGUAUGCAACCAUAUUGGGAAAUACCUUGUGAGUCUAAUGAAGAAUGGGAGGCCGUCAAAAAAAAGUUUAAAGGUUACUUCCAAUCUUCAAGUGAUGAAGGUGAGUUGAUUGAAAAGACUAAACCUAGAACACCUCAUCCUAUAACACCUCAUCCUAGAACACCUCCUCCUCAAGUCUCCAAUGUUAUUGCUCAAGAGACACCGGAAGGGAUACAAAAUACUGGUAGCAGAAUCCUGCGUACACAUCCUGGCACUUGUGUCUUGGAAUCAUUCUAUAACAAUACUAUUACUAUGCCGCAAGCUGCGAUUCUCCCUUUAACUCCUAAUGAAUCUGAUUCAUAUGGCAGUUUACCCCCGAAUCAUUCUCUGAGUUCAUCCCUGAUUGCAGGUGAAGUGUGUGCAGUGAAGUGAAGACAAGUACGUAGAUGGUGAUAAGUGCUUGUGUGUGCUGCGAAGUGGAAAAAUGAACAAGAAGAAAUGUACUUUUGACUAUUGUAGGUUGAAUCAAAAUUUAUUGAAGUGGAGUUAUGAGAGAAUGUUCUCUGUAAAUUUUUUGGUCCCUUUUAUAGUAGCUUUAAAUUAAAAGUUGUAAAGAUAAGUUGAAAAUUUCAAAUAUUUGGUGGAAGUUUAAAAUUUUCAGAUGUGAAAAGUUGAAAACUUUCCUCCAAA